AUGGACGAUAACACUAUUAAUACCUCGAUUUUCGCUUCGGAAUUGUCUUUCGAUGAUUAUUUGAAAGAUUUCGCACUGGCCCAGCCACAAGUUUCGGGCGGUGGUACAGGAACGAAAUGCGAACUGGUUGAUUAUGAUUCAGUCUUCAACUCGGACGGCAAUAAAGUUGUCAUUCGUAGUGGAACCAGCCAUAAUUUGGGCAGCUUUCUCGGAAUGGAUGCAAAUGAAUCUGCAAUCGUUCGCACCACGGAGUGGAACCUCAAUGGCCAAAAGGCUUCCGUCAAGACAGAAAUACAGUCUCCUCAUAUGAAGGCUGCGUUGAAAGCUGUUGUGCCUGUAUACAGAGAUCGAAACAUCAACUUCACCCACAUUUCUUGGUACAAUGAACCUCGUCACUUAUUUCACUUUCGUGAUAGGCUCUUUGAGUACGGACGGCAGCGAGAUCUUGAGAGCGACGAACAACGUCAUGUUUCGUUGCUAGUGGAGCAUUUACAGCAAGAGCUUGCAGAUGCUGUCGCUAGCUUUACAUGUCAUGUCAUGUUCCAGCCAUCAUCACCUUCGAUUGAUUUCAGACAUGCCUGGACGAUCUUUAGGCAAGGAGAUCUGGUGUAUCUGCCCGGGAACGCAGCACCUUCUGGUGUUGAGAUGAUCAUGCGAUACAAGUCUAUACUUUCUAAUUGCGAUUGCAACGAUGCCAAUCACAUGUUCAGUCACGCAUGGACGCUCACAGGCGAAUAUCUUACUACGAACAAAAAUGGGUUUGGGUUUGAAUCCUGGAUUGCGAAAAUUCUCUAUUUCGAAGGAAUUAGCCAGAUCAAACUACUUCCUUUACUGCCCCUACGUUUUCAUCCUGAUCGAGAAGAUAUAGAGACACGUCUCAUAAGUCGAGGGCGUAGAUUCCGUCAACUUCAAGGUAUUCAUCACCAGUUCUAUCGGGGUCCGGCAACUCUUUCGCGGCAAGACGGCACAAAUAUCAGACUGUCUCUUACAACAGAUAGUUCGUCCCGGGUACUAAGACAGAUCGGAAGCCGAAUCAUGUUGGAUUCUCAACAUUUUCAUUCCAAGGAAGUUGAUCAAAGUUCUAUCCCUACAUCUUGGAUAUUCACCGACAACGAUUACCUGAUUUGCCAUAGCCACGUUGGUGGCUACGCGUUCAACGAGAGACAAUGGGGUUACUUUAAUAUAGAUUUGGUGCAAAAUAUCGAUUUCGACACAACGACUUUUCAAUCUUCAUUGAUGCUUUCCGACAAGCACAAAAGCAUAUUGCUGUCUCUUGUUCGAAUGCAGACAGAACACCACAAUCUGGCAUUUGGCGACAUAAUUAAAGGAAAGGGGAAAGGACUGGUGUUUCUUCUACACGGCGAACCCGGUGUUGGGAAGACAAUGACUGCAGCUGAGCACUGCAAGCGACCACUUCUCAAAAUGGACGCGCGGGAUCUGUGCCAUGACCAUGAGUCCACAGAAAGCGCACUUAGAACGGUCCUACGUCUAGCAGAGAGGUGGAACGCAGUGGCACUCUUGGACGAGGCAGAUAUCUUCCUAGAAUCAAGAAGUAGCUAUUACGAGAUGAGCAACUCGUUAGUGACCGCUUUCCUACGGAUUCUUGAGUAUUUCCAAGGAGCUCUGUUCCUCACGACGAAUAGAGUUAGUUCCAUCGACAAUGCAUUUAAAUCGAGAAUUCAAGUCGCCAUUCAUUACCCAAAGCUGGAUAUCGCUAGCCGUCAGGGCUUGUGGCAAAUCUUCCUUGCAAAAGCGUCAACAACAAUCCAAGACCGAGGUUCAUGGACUGAUCUGGCCAGCAGAAUUGCCCACGAAGAGCUCAACGGACGACAGAUCAGAGACAUAGUCAGAAUUGCACAUGCAUCAGCAUUUGGAGCAGGUGUGGAGAUUGGAUAUGACCAUUUGCACAGCGCAAUAGAUUCUCUGCGAACAUUUGACAAGGAGUUUAAGAAGAAUCGCAAUCCGAUAGAAACUUCACUUAAUCACAAGGCUACUAAGCGGCCUAGGAUGCAAUCUGAGGAUUCUUAUAUGUCUGAAAGCGAUUGA